AUGGGCAAGGUGUCUGCACGACAGGUACUCGUCAAAAGCAGCUUCAUGGCCGACCUUGAACUAGCACAUCUUCGACUUAUCAGGUCGCCAAUGCCCCACGCUUCCACUCAAACAAAUUCAGUCUACAUCUGGCCUUCUUCGCUCUCCUCUUCACCUUCUCCUUACACAUCUUCUGCAAGGUUGGCCAGUUGUCUGCAAAUCAGACAAGCUACUGGCUCCUUUAAUUCUUAUCUUGCCUAUGCGCAGCAAAUCACCUUCCAAGUUUCACCUGAGCUUUUGAACUUAUCUCUGCGCAAUGAGUAUCAUAAAAUGAAUAAACCUCUCCGCCCAGCUCAUUUAUCUGAUAACAUCUUAGGCCGAAAUUAUAGUAGAAAUCCUGGGUUCGAACAUAUCAGACACAAUUCAACACGCUGUCCUUCCUAUUUGUCUAAUAUAUUCAAUGGAGAUGCUUUGUCUCCAGUCGGAGGAUCGGAAGAUUUAGAUGAUGCUCUUGUUCAACAGGUGACGCUUGAUCUCCGGCUCCAGCACAACUCGCCUCGCAGCCUAGGCCACAUCCAUCUAGACCCAAGCAUGGCCUGUUUAGACGCACUAAGUGACUCUAUAAAACCCUGGCAGGCACGUGGCGAAGACUGA